AUGGAGUUUAUGGAGGGAGAGCAUGUAUUGUUGAAGGUUUCGCCCAUAAAGGAUGUGGUGAGAUUCGAUAAGCAAGGUAAGCUCAGUCCGAGAUAUAUUGGGUCAUUUAAAGUUCUUAAUCAUGUUGGAGAGGUUUCCUAUGAAUUGGCUUUACCUCCAGAUUUAUCUGGAUUGCACCCAGUGUUUCAUAUGUCUAUGCUAAAUAAAUAUCAUGGUGAUGGAAACUAUAUUAUUCAUUGGGAUUCGGUCUUUCUUGAUGAGAAUUUGUCUUAUGAGAAGGAGCUUGUAGCUAUUCUCAAAAGGGAGGUCCGCAAGUUGAGGUCAAGGGAGAUUGCGUCUGUGAAGGUCCAAUGGAGGAAUCGUCCUGUUGAGGAGUCCACUUGGGAGAUUAAGGCUGAUAUGCAUGGAAGAUAUCCACAUCUGUUCGUCGAGUCAAGUAUCAUUUUCUACCAUUUCUCUUCUCUUGACCGUUUGGGGAUGAACGGUGGGUAA